GCUUUUUUUCUUCAGAAACCAGUCCAUUACAGAGUUCUUCAAACCAGUUGUAAAACAAGACCUUGGCCGUAGAGACCGGCCUAUGUUGUAUUCCUCAGACAGAGGAAAUGUAAAAGAUGGAGGAAUCGGACUGUCAGCUUUAUGUGCUGAACGAUUUGAAAAGAAAGUAUCCUCUCCGAAGCAAAUUAGAAGAAAAAAGAUGCCAGUCCAAACACCGAACAUAAGUCCUGGGCUAGAUGCCUUUCGAAGAGGAGUUAAGGGAAAAAAGGACAGCGUAAACCUGUUGGAGAACAGCAGAGCGUGCAGGGCAUUGAGUUCAGUAUAUCCACAAGUUGUGAUUCAAAAACUCCUCGUAACUGCGGGAUCUCCAAGCUGUUUGUUGGCCAAAAAGGAUAAAACUGUCAAGCAAGAACAGGGAAGAAAUGAGAAGUGCCCGGGUGUAACAAGAACACCAUUGUCUUGUGGAAAUAGUUGGGAACAGAAGACUGACUGUAUGGAUCUGGAAGAGGCCAGUUCAGACUCUGACAAAUGGGUUUCAUCAUCAGAAGCUGAUACUCGAAAAACUUGUGCUAGAAAUAAUGGCAAUGUGAGCAACACAUCUCUGUGUCAAAACCCGGGGCGUUCUGUGAAAUUGCCUUGUGCUCCAAGUGACUCUCAAUUUAGGCGCUCGCUAGAAGCCCUCUGCAGAGAAAGAAAGCAGAAAAAACAUAGAAUGAAACAAUCUAAGCCACAUCCAGUAAAACCAUUCUCAGGAGCGAGUUUAUCACAUCAGGGAAAUGGAUGUCCCCUGAGAAAAAGAUCACAUUCUGCUUCAUGGGAGACUGCCUCAGAUGACCCAUCUCAGUCAAAGCAUAUUUCAAAACCUGAGGCAUCUUCUCCAAAUCUACUGAGACUGUCAUCUGAAAAAGCCACCGUUAUGCGGAAAAGCCAGUCUUUUCCAUCACUCUGCCUUAGUUCGAAGAUGUCUUCUGGGCCAUCAAAACGAAAAGACUUUUCUGGAAAAAGGAAACGCACUGCCGUGAGUUCGGAUGCAAACAGUUCAAAUCCAUCUGUGAUAACAAGUUUGAAUGACCCUCGUUUUAGUAGAUCGUCUGAACAAUGCGGAAAUAGGAAGUCUGACUUUGUAAAAAAGAGCCUCUUCAAGUCUCCAUGUAAUGGUAUUGUGCAGCUAAUGGAUGCUGCUGCUCUACCAAGACAUGACUCUGUCCUUUCAGAGGAAUAUCUUGACUCAAGCCGUGAAAAUGAGAAAAAUAAUUCCUCCUCGAUGGGUUUGUCAUCUUCGUAUUCUGCACACAGUCCUAAUAAAAAUAACCACGUUUCUGUUGUGGAUGCCAAAGAGAAUCAAUUGCAGGUGACCCACUCACAUUUUUUCUUGGAAAAGUCCCUUCCUCUUUCUCAGGAAAAACGUACUGUGUUGCCUUCUCUCCACCAAACAAACACUGUAUUCACAAAAGACGUGAAAUCUCAUCUUCAGAAUGCUGGUUUGUCUCAGGUGUUGGAUGCUAUGAAGCAGCAAGAUGGAAAAAGACUAGAAAGACCUGCACUUGAUGAAGCUGAUAGUACUGAACUCAGCAAGAGUUUACCAAAAACAAAAGGAAAAGCGUUAGAAAAUACUUUCAGUUUUCAUUCAGUGGAAGGUUCUGGGAAACUUGCACUCUCAAAAGAGACUAGUAAAACUACUCCUCAUUCAUUACCUUUUAAAGAAGGGUGUGUAGAAAGUGGCCAGAUGUCUUCACAGCUCUCAGGAGAGGUGAAAGUUGAAAUUACCUGUAUAGAGACAUCUAAGUUGAAUAGCAAUUCAAAGAGCAGCAUUGAUAGUGAAGAUGAGAGUUUGGAAUGCGAUCUUGAUGACGACGACGACGAAGAAAUAUUCUUGCCGCUACAGGAAAUUCUGUCUUCAAGUCCCCAACCACAGGUGGGAACCGUGGAAGGAGAUUGUCUUGAGAAUCUUUCGCAGGACACCAUGAAUCCAUCACUGAAGCUUCCUUUUUCUAAGCCUCCUGUCGUUAGCCAGGUGUCAUAUGUGAACAGCUUAGAGCAUCUCUUGAAGGAGAAAGAAGAAUCUAAAAGGGUAGAUGAACUAGAAAAGCAGUUACAGGAGGACAUACAGGGAGCAGAAACGAAUUCUUCAGAUGGAGAGGAUGAGGAUGCCAAUGCAGACUGGGAGAUCUCAGAAGAACACAGGGCAUUUAUACAGAGAUUUUCAAUAACAGCUCAUGCCAUACCUGACUAUCACCCUGGAGAAGAUAUAUUUGACUUAGCAACGUCUGGAAAAAUCUUCAAGCAGCAUAACCUUGACUUGAGGAAUUUUUAUUUCGUACCACAAAACCCUAUAGAAAAACUCCUCCUUAGUUCUGGUGCAACACAGCAGCUUUCUUUGGCUAUUCAUGGUUUUCUAAGUUCUGCUUACAGUUGUAUCUUGUGUCCCAUACCAAUUCUAAAGUGGCUUUUCCAGAUGAUGUCUGUUCAUCCUGACUAUUGUGUUUCCACCCAGAUACUAGACAAAUUGAUAGAAAUAACACUAAAAAAUGCUUCCAUCAGUGAUGAACAGUCUAAACCAUGGAUUCCUUCACUAGCUGAUGUGUCAGCUGUUUUUGUCAAUAUGGGUGUUGCGUUUAGAUCUCUCUUUCCAUUGCAGCAUCUUCAGCCCAACUUUAACGAGUGUGAUAUUUUAAGUCACAUGCAAGAAACAGUGAGUAAAAAACAGCUAAGAGGAGAUCUCAUCACUGCUGGUCCAGCCUUCUCCACUCUACCAGAAACCAAUCUAAUUAAUGUGAUCAAGUUUCUAGGCUUUUGUACAACAGUAUAUCAAGGUGGAUAUACUGAUCAAGAAAUACUGCUGCUGCUUCUAUCACUGUUUAAAAUAAGCUUGGAGAAACAACUAAAGCAAAUUCCUUUGAUAGAUUUUCAGUGCCUUUUCAUAAAGCUUCUGAAAAGUAUAAAAGACUGGGAUACAAAGAUGCCUGAGCUCUGCCUGGCAAUGAGUGAACUCUCUAGUCAGCACCAUAAUCUCCUGUGGCUGGUUCAGCUGGUCCCUAGCUGGAUAAUACGUGGAAGGCAAGUAAGAAGACGACUUAGCCUAGUGAUAAUUUCAAAGUUUCUUAAUAAAAAGCAUAUAAGAAUACCCGAUACCAGUGAUGAGCAGAUGUCUCUUCUGCGUCAGUAUCUGGUGCACAUGAAACCUUCUAGUCUACUAAAGAGGACGAGAGAAGGAUUAGAGCAGCAGAAUGAUGUCAGUGGAGAGCGCCUUCAUACAGAGCUAGAACAGCAGACGUACUACCUAAUCUACAUCCUCCUUCAUCUAGUCAGUGAAGCUAGUUUCUUUGACGUUGUAAAUUCUAAUCAAAGGCAACACUUACUGAAGCUUUGUGGUGCCUUAGAUAAGCACAUAAAAUGUGAUAUUAGGGAAGAUGCGAGGCUAUUUUAUCGAACUAAGGUAAAAGACUUGGUUGCUAGGAUAUAUGGCAAAUGGCAGGAUAUGAUACAAAACACUCGGCCUACUCAGGGAAAACUGCAUGAUUUCUGGGAGCCAGAUUUGUGAAACCUUGCCUAGUUCGGGGAAAAUAACAGAAAAUUUGAACAAGGAUCUUUCCUGAAGCCAAGGAAGAGGUAGAAUGAAUGGAGCUACGCCUUGGUUGGAACAGAGGAAAUCAGAAACCUGAAUUAAACCUUGAGCUUGAUUCAGGCAAAUACUAAAAACAGCUAUACAGUUUGGUUGGAAUUGCAUUUAUUACAAAUAUGCUACUUCUGAAAAAAUGAAUGUGGUAAAGUGGAAGAGAAAAAAGCAGCUCUUUCUAUAGCCCUGACUGAAUUAGUCUGUAAUUUUUUUGAUCAUAUUGAAAGCUGAGGGAAGUUUUCUCAUUUGAUUUCAUUGUUAAUCACCAAUACAUAAAUUUUUCAGAAAUGUCUUAUUUUCUUGCCUGCAUGAACCUGUGUGAAAGUUUUGGUUCAGCAUGACUAGGAAAGAGACCUGCCCCGUAAAAUGAAAUGUGAGUUCUCAAACGGUAUUAGGUACCUCCUGUUGUGAGCAGGUGAGGAAAUAGUUCAGAAGUGGGCUGAAUAAUGGAGUUGCCUGCACACGUUCAUCUGCAAAGCAGAAUUGGCGUGACCAUCCAGUGUCUUUAAAUAAUGCAAAAUACAGCAGUUGUAUGUGAGCAAAUGACUGUCCUCUUGUUUGCUUGGGUGGAAGCAGAGCUGAACAGUGCCUGUGCCCCAACGGGUUAGUUGGAUGAUGCUUUGCUCCAUGGUUGUGGUUUAUCAGAUAACGAAACAGAAUUUUUCAUUACAGCGAUGCAUUCAUUUUAACUUAACUUCCUCAUCUUCAGGCAUUAGUUCAUGCGGUGAAUAUGACUGUGCAGGAGGUGAUUCUGUAAGACCGUAUUAUGAACGAGAUUGUUAGAUGGGUGGUAUUGUUGUACUGCUCUUUAAAGAUACAAGUUUACCUAGAUUUGUUACCUGGCUUCAGCACCUGUCUUUAAAUGGAGGAAGUACUACUCCUAGAAUAUCAACCCAAUGGAGAUUUGAGGAGAUGAGCAUUUGGCCCAUAUGUGUAAAAAUAACUGUGAAAGCCAUAUGAGGUCUGAAAUCUUUUGUGCCAAGUGUUGUCACAUAUGCAAUGAGUAAUCGAAGCUCCAAGAGCUGUUUGUGAAAUAAUCAAAGGAAAACGUGGUCUCCUUUUGUGCUUUCUGUGCAAAUGCCAUCAUGUAAAUCUUGCACUGUGUUUUGUCUGUAGGAUGUGUGUAUAUAUGAACAAUAAGUUAAGAUAUUGGGUAGAAGCACCAGCUGGGAUUCCCUUUAAAAGUGAGAUUUUUAAAUAAUAGCUACAUGCGCAUUUUAUAAUACUAUUUCCUUUUAAUUUUUGUAGAUUACCCUGUCUUGUCUUGUAUGAUAGACUCACAACUUUUCAAAACGAGAAGGUAAAAUAAAGCUCAAAUUUAAAAAACAAACAAACAAAAAAAACCCACUCCAAACUUAGGUAUGUACAUAUUAUGUAUAAAGGAGCAUAGGGAAGGUAUUUUAUUUGCAAAUUCAUACUAAAUGUUUUGUCUUUCAUUUCAAGCGUUAGUGAAUUAGCCUAAAACCGCAGCAUCUCUGUACCCUUCUUCACAGGAUAAUCAGCUUAUCUUUGUUAGAACAAGACUUAGGCUGAGGGGUAUAUUCAGAAAGAAAAAAAACCCCUUUUUUAUCUCAACGUGUCAUUUAAGAAUUGGAAGAACCUACCUCAAAUGGUAUCUUUGUUUGGCAGUAGAACUGCUUUAAGCUAAAUUACUUGGUGUUGUAUAGGGAUGGCAAUGCCAUCCUCUGCUCUGUCUUUGAUAGUGUAUCAACCUCUUCCCUGGAAGCAGUUGGUUACUGUGUGAAUAUAUUGUAUGUAAUUUUAUUAAUGUUUAUAUUUUUCUCACUAACAUUGUAUAAAGUUUAAAAAAAGUACAGAAUGUUUACUGUAUCUAAUGUGUAUAUAUUUUCUUACUAUGUAAAGCUAAAGUUACUGUCUUGUACAUUGUGGAGAAGGAAAGGGGUGAGGUUUAGAUUAACAGCUUUUGUAUUGCAAUUCAAAGCACACUGAAACUGCUGGUUUUUUUCCCCCUCCAAACUAAAUAACCACUUUGAAAUUUCUUUUAUUUAAUACACCAAUGAAAAAUAAAGAGACAUGCUUUUCUAAUUAAGUAUCUCUGCAUAAAAUGGGCAUGCAUCAACUUCUAGUUCACAAAAAUGGCUGCAGGUCCUAUUUCAGUCUUAGUGUGGCCAUUGUAGUUCUUAGCUGAUUCACAGUUCACUGCUGAUUAGCUUACUAUAAAUGGAGAAAGUCUUGAAGUAAUUCCUAGCUCAGCCAGUUCUGUGUUUUCCUGCUUAAUGCCUCUGUAUAUAUUCUGGCAUUUUCCCCUCUCUCUGCUGCUCCCAGUUACUCCAGACUCUCUUCCGUCUAUCUUGUAGUUGACUAAUAAUUCCCCAGCUGCUCAAGUCUGGACCCUGGUGCCACUGGAGCCCAUCAGCAUCUUUACAGAGAUGAUCCCAAAGCGUUGCUGCAGAGUUUCACAAGGGACUGCUGAGCUGAGUACUGCUUCAGGACUCCUGGAAAUGAAAUAGCAAACUUGUUGCUGUUGUGUUUUGCUGACUCAUUUACUGGCCCCCAGCCAGAAGUUACAUGUAUUGAAAAAGGCUGAUUGCACAGUAAAUGUCUUAACUACUUUGGUUGUCUUCAGAUAAGCAUUUUGCACUGAGGUUUAUCUUUUGAUAUUAUGCUAGCUGUAUUAAGAGCCAUGUUAUCUCAUUUCAUGUGCAAUUAGGUGCACUUUAUUGCAGUAAUCACAGUCCAGAAAUUAAAGGCUAACUAUAAAAUAUA